GUGGGCGGGAUUUCGAACUGAGCCCCCUUGUUUUCGGAAGCGUGAUUGGCUGUUGCUAGGAACUUUCCCAAGGUCUUAUGGGCCCUAGCUACGGAAGCCGAGGAAAGCUGAGCGCGGGCUCUUAAGGAAGGUAGUAGCGGAAUCCCAGUUAGCUGUGGAGAGGCGGUAUGUCCGGUUCAAUGGCGACUGCGGAAGCUAGCGGCAGCGAUGGGAAAGAGCAGGAGGUAGACACCUCAGCCACCUAUUACCGGUUGGAGGAGGUGGCGAAGCGCAACUCCUUGAAGGAACUGUGGCUUGUAAUCCAUGGGCGAGUCUACGAUGUCACCCGCUUCCUCAAUGAGCACCCUGGAGGAGAAGAGGUUCUGCUGGAACAAGCUGGUGUAGAUGCAAGUGAGAGCUUUGAAGAUGUAGGACACUCCUCUGAUGCCAGAGAAAUGCUAAAGCAGUACUAUAUUGGUGAUAUCCAUCCGAAUGAUCUUAAACCUGAAAAUGGUAGCAAGGACCCUUCAAAAAAUGAUACAUGCAAAAGUUGCUGGGCAUAUUGGAUUUUACCCAUCGUAGGUGCUGUUCUCUUAGGUUUCCUGUACCGCUACUACACAUCGGAAAGCAAAUCCUCCUGAGGAGGCCUUGCUGAAGCCUGGAAAGCUCAUCCACAUUGGAGUGAAAACUAGAGACUUGUUUGGGGGCUGCGGAAGUGCCCUCUUCUUGAAUCCUGCCAGUUGCAUUCUUCCCCCUUGGAGCCAAGACGGUUGGCCGGACGUCCACUACAGAUCUGGGCCCAGUGUCCUCCAUUUCUCAGAGCCUUACUCCCAGAGUACCUGCUCACUGUUCUGUGUCAAACAUUUGCCAGUCUUUCUUCUCUUCACUGGUUUCCAUGAGUGCCCUUAUAUUUUAGAACUUUCUGUUCAUAAUUACAGUUCAUAUGUUACAGUGACAUUGCUCUUUGGUAAAAAUGCCUGCUUUCCAAUACUUUGAUCGCACAUUAGACUUUCUUAACAGGGCAGCACUCUAGUGUUGAAGUCUUUCUUUUUCCAUUUUUCUUUUAAGUAAAAUUUUUUUAAAAAAAUUCUGAUUUAGGGCUAGUUGCGGGCAUGCCUGUAAUCCUAGCAGUUUGGGAGGCCAAGGUGGGAAGAUCGCUUGAGACUAGGAGUUUGAGACCAGCCUAGGCAACAUAGUGAGACCUUCAUCUGUAUUUUUUUUUUAAUCUGAUUUAAUUCUGUUAUUUAUCAUAAGGGGUUUGAUUCCUGAAGUAAAGGUAUGUACUUUAUUAAACUUAAAAUUGCCAAAUGAUUUUUGUUCCUUUUAUGUGUGUGAUAAAACUACAAAGAAUGAUAUGGUCAUCUCCUCCCUUUCAAGCUAGGGCAGCAGGUAGCUCUUCCCACUCCCUGAGCCCAGCCCCUUCCCAAGUGGUGCUGGACAAAAAACUACGUUGCCCUUUUACGUCUUGGGGAUGGAAAGGGAGGGAUGGAUUGGGGUGAUAGAACCCUGGUCAAUUCAGAGUAAUCUUUCUUUAGAAAAAUACUGCAUAUCACCACUUCAGGAUAGGCAUUGAGAGAAAGCACCAAAGCUUUCACUUUGGUUUGGCACCAGUUUCUAGCCAUCUGUUUUUUCUCCCUUAGCUAUCUUUUAUUGGUAAAACAUAAAUGUAUAAUUAUGUCUAUAGAGCUUUACCAGGGAUUUUCCCUGCUUUUUUGGUUUAUUGAUUAGCAAAUUUUUGAUUCUCCAUUUUCCAAAGUUGAAAGACUCCAAGUUGGCCUUCUGUUUGCCCCUGCAAGUAAAAUAACUUCCAUAUAAAAUGGUAUUUGAAAGUGAGAGUUCCUGACAAGAGACUGUUAUCCAUUUCAUCUGUAUUUUACCUCCAUGACUCCAACUUGUGGGUUUGUUCAGUUUUUCCAUGAGAAUAAAAUACUGGCAGUUUUUUUCUCGGAUGUGUGUUCAUUGAGAAGUAGGUUACUAGAAUUAUGUUACUGUGUCUUACUGGUUCAGUGAUGAUUUCUCUGGCAUAUUAGAGUUUAUUUUUCCCCCAUGGAAGUACCUGAGGAAAUAGUACACUGGCUCUUUUCUGCCGGCGAUUGUGGUGAUUUUUCUCCCUGUCCUUUGAGAAUUGCCAGUCUGCUUCUGAGCCAUUGUCAUAUCCAGCAGGGAGCAGCUUGGUUCAAGAAGGACCAUAGAGGCUGCUCAGCAUCUCCUCCCUCCCUCCAAGCUUGCCAGGGACUUGAGACAGGAAGCUGCCCAGCAAACCAGUGUCUGCCCAUGCAAACUGUUUAAGAAAAAGUUCAACCCAGGUCUUGUAUCCUGUGAUUUAGCAGUUGAAUGAAUACAGAAUUCAUCAAAAUAUUAUUAACCUUGUACUUGCACACUUGGAUAUAUUUUGGAGUAAUUUUAGGAGAUUUCUGGCUGACUUUUAUUAUCAGGGAUAUGGGUUUAGUAAAACUUUUAUCUUUAGAAAAAUGUUUAUAUGAUAAGAUGCUGCUUUUAAAACAAUAUUAGAAAAAACCUUUGGUUAUUAUUUAACAAAAGUGGUAUGACUUGAUACUUCUCUAUAUAAAGGCAAGGAAGGAUUGGUAUAUGAUUAUAAUAAAUAAAUUAUGUGACUUUUGGAGUACAUCGGGUGAAAGUAAAGAACAAAGGAGUAUUGAGCUCAAAAGGGAACAUUCAAGCUAAAACCAAGCCUGAGGAUAACUUGAAUCAGUUGUAAAAGUGUGUUGCCGAUGUCCAAAAAUUGAAUUAAAAACAUCUGGCUUAUAAGAAAUGUGAAAGAACUAUCAUCUUAAGUAAAAUUGGUGUUUUUGUUAUUUUUAAGGUAAAUGCCAAUGCAAAAGAUAUGUUUUUCUACUUACCGUUGAUUUUCUUUUCCUGUUUACAUCUGGACUUGUUUUUUUACUGAGAGCCAGAGGGAGAAGAUAAUUAGACUUUUGUCUCUCCCACCCAUGAAAUCCCUCCAGUACCCAGGGCCUCUCAACUACUGCUGAUAUGAUGUCACAUUGUAUUAGGAAAACCACUUUUGGGUCCAUUUACUAUUUUUCAGUUGCCUACAAAACAGCCAGGUGAAAGGUAAAUCUUGUGUGAGAGUUUAGAGGUUUUUCUAAACAAUGAGGUAGUAUAGCACACUAGCCAAAUCCAUCCAAAAGGACUUCAUUUUAGGAAGUAGAUUUGAUUUCUUGAAACAGUCUUGGUAUGGGUAGGUGGUGAAAAAUCCUCUGGAGAGCAAGUGGAGCCAGUCCCCAUUGGCUGACGGUGCCACCUGAAGCUGGUCUCUGGGGGUUUGGUUAUUUAUUCCUGAGGAAGACUAGCUGCGGCUGCAGCAAACUGUACUGUACACAUCAUGGCUGCUGGACAUGGAGGAGGUGAGGGAAGUGUCAUGCCACCAAAAUAGAGGGUGUGGCUGGGUGAGGUGGCUCACGCUUGUAAUCCCAGCACUUUGGGAGGCCAAGGUGGGCGGAUAGCCUGAGAUCAGGAGUUCCAGACCAGCCUAGCCAACAUGUUAAAGCCCCGUCUCUACUAAAAAUACAAAAAUUAGUCAGGCACGGUGGCAGGUGCCUGUAAUCCCAGUUACUUGGGAGGCUAAGAGAGGGGAAUCGCUUGAACCCAGGAGGCGGAGGUUGCAGUGAGUGGAGACUGUGCCACUGUAUUCCAGCCUGGGCAACAAGAGCAAAACUCCGAAACUCCGUCUCAAAAAUAACCAGGGUGUUGGUACCCGUUCUCCAAAAUUCCUUAGCGCCUAUUCAGCAAUUGGUUUUGGUUUCCAAAUGACUUCUGCAUUUGUAAAGAUAAGAGAGUGGGGGGUGGGGUCAAAGUUUAUCUUGCGUUUAGAUCUCAAGACUGCUUAAGCAAAAACAAACAUCCCUUGGAACCUAUCAUAUGAGCCUGUAAACUUCUUUUAGCAGUUGUCAUAAAUGCAUAUGUUGUGAAAUCAGAACACUGUCGAGUUUAUAUUCAUUUAGUUGCAAUGUGGGGCAAUGAAAAAUGCUUUGCAGGCCUGAAGUAUCAUUACUUAUGGUAUCUCCUGCUUUAAAAUCUCAAGCGAUACCUAUCUGGUUAAAUUCCACUUGAGGAGAUUGAGAUGCAGAACGUUAAUGUUCAUUACCUCCUCCUACCCCAAGAGAAAUGGAUUCAGACAUGUCUUGUCUCAACAAGAAAUUGUUUUUUUUUUUUCACUAUCUCAUUCCGUUGCCAGAUAUCGCAGAAGUAAUGAGGAGUUUAGUCACAUUUGGCUGUUGUGCUCUGAAAGAGCCAGGUUUGGAAUUUGUGGGGGUGAUCUAGGAAGAAGUUUCCAAAGAAGCAGGGAGGCAUUUGUCAAGUUACCUACCCUAUAUCCAGCAGCCUACACAUGAGCUUCAGUAUCUGCUCUUUGCCCACGCUUGGAUCCUACAUUUGCCAUUUGAGCAAACCAAGACUAGUUAUUUAACUUUCUUUUUUUUUAACUUCACCUUUGACUAUGAAUGAGAAACAUUAACAUUCCUUUUGUAUAUUCAAUAAUGGAGUAUGUUUACCUAUUUUAUUUCAGAAUAUUUUGAACAAAGAUCUUUGUCUCUGCUGGAAUGCACACACAGUGAAUGUUUGUUAGAACUACACACAAUAAAGACACUGUUUUCCUUUU